AUGGUCGGCAAGUGGCACAUGGGCGAGGCCGAGGAGAACUAUCCAACCGGGUUUGAUUACUGGUCCAUCCUCCCCGGCCAAGGAGACUACUGGGACCCGGAGUUCAUCGAACCGUCCGGUAUCAACGUCGAGGAGGGCUACGUCACCGACAUAAUUACCGAGAAGAGCCUGAACUGGAUGCGCGGCCGCGACAGGACGAAGCCAUUCUUCCUGAUGUGCCACCACAAGGCCCCGCACCGGUCAUGGGAGUGCGACGACAAGCACAAGGACCUGUACAAGGACCCUGUGCGGUUGCCUGACACCUUCACGGACGACUACAAGAGCCGAGCCAAAGCGGCCAAGGUCGCAAAGAUGCGCGUGGCCGAGGACCUGACGUACCAGGACCUCGGGCUUGUGCAGCCGGACGGCGGUCGGAGAGUCGGCGAGCGCGUCCAGCAGGAGAAGGGGGCCAGCGAGCGCAAAAUUCCGGCACCGACGACCGCAGAAGGGCUCGGCGCUCUGAAGCUGAUCGACAAGGACGACGGCACCGUCUUCACCUUCACGUCCCAGGGCGAGCUCGCAGAGUUCAAGUUCCAGCGGUACAUGCAGCGCUACCUGCGCACCAUCCAGUCGGUCGACGACAGCGUCGGCCGCCUGCUCGACUACCUCGACCAUGACGAGCCCGGGCUGACCGACGACACCAUCGUCAUCUACACGUCCGACCAGGGCUUCUUCCUCGGCGAGCACGGCUGGUUCGACAAGCGCUUCAUGUACGAGGAGUCGUUCCAGAUGCCCUUCCUCAUCAAAUACCCGCAGGAGAUCUCGCCGGGGUCCGUCUGCGACGACAUCAUCUGCAACGUCGACUUUGCCACCACCUGGCUCGACUACGCCCGGCUCCCCGUCCCCUCGUACAUGCAGGGCCGGUCCUUCCGGCCGCUGCUGCAGGGGCGCACCCCCGCCGAGUGGCCGCAGGCCGCCUACCACCGCUACUGGAUGCACAACGACAUCAUCCACAACGCCUACGCGCACUACGGCAUCCGCGACCAGCGGUACAAGCUCAUCUAUUGGUACAACGAGGCGCUGGGCAUCAAGGGGGCGCGUUCGGGAGGCGAGGAACAUAAGGAGUGGGAGCUGUUUGACUGUGAAAAGGACCCGCUGGAGCUGUUCAACGUGUACCACGAGCCGGAAUACCGGGAGGUGGUGCGCCACAUGACGGCCUUGUUGGAGAAGAAGAUGCUGGAGAUUGGCGAUGAGCCUGUCCAUCCCAAGCCCCAUGCCACAGCACUCGGAAUCAGUCGCGUCAGCAUGGUGUCUAUCCGCAAUGCAGCCCUCUCGGCGCUGGCCUUGGCCGCCACCCAUUGUGAUGCUAGACAACGAGCAAAAGACCUUCUCAAGCAGAUGACAUGGGAAGAGAAGAUCGGCCAGAUGGGAGGCGUUCGACGCGUUCUGUCCUCAGGCACGACCGUCAAUCCCCAGUAUGACACGAUCCGGCAGAUGCAGAAUGGACAGAUGGGGUUCGGUCCCAUGUUCAACUGGGCAGGAGACAUCAUGGAGGUUGUCAACAAGCUGCGACAGGAGCAAGUCAACUCGAGCCGUCUGCACGUCCCGUACAUUACCGUGACGGACUCGGUCAACGGGCUCUUCAUAUCCGGCGGCACUGUAUUCCCGAGCAACCUUGCCAUGUCGGCUUCCUUCAAUCUUCCGCUGUUCAAAUCGGCCAUCGAGGCAAUACGUGAGGAGCAGCUCUCCAUCGGGGUCCGCUGGGUCCUGUCACCGUCACUGGAUUUAGCCAGGGAACCACGAUACGGACGCAUCGGAGAGUUGUUUGGCGAGGAUGGGUACCUGAUCGGCGAGUUUGGUCGGGUGUAUGUGGAGACGAUGGAGGAGGAAGAUGGCAACGGCUACACGAAGGUCGCCUGCACCAUCAAACACUUUGUGUUUGGCGACCCCCGCGGCGGCGUUAACACGGCGAGCCAGUACGGAGGGCUGAACCACCUCUUCAACGACCAGCUGCGGCCGUAUCUCCAUGUCCUGGAGACCACCAAGCCGGCCUCGCUGAUGGUGUCGUAUGCGACUGUCGAUCUGGUCCCCAUGUCGGCGAACGAGUACAUGCUGCAAGACAUCCUCCGGGCCCGUAUGGGAUUCGAAGGGCUGAUCAUGUCCGACGCCUACUCCAUCCCCAACCUGUACACGCAAUCCAUGACCGCCACAUCUCUCGAGGAUGCCGCGAUCCAGGCGCUUCACGCCGGCCUCCAGAUGGAGCUGGCACCAGCGGGCAGCCCGGCCGUGUUCCCGACGCUCCUCUCUUCCGUGAAGGAUAAAAAGGUCGCAAAGCUCAUUGAUGAAGCGGCACUCAAGAUGCUCGAGAUCAAGUUCGGCUCAGGGGUCUUUGAGCAGCCCCUGGCAGAUCUCGACGCCUUGAACACAACACUCCGAGCACCGGCGCACCUGGAUGUGGCCAGGCAGAUGGCGCGCGAGGGCAUCGUGCUGCUCAAGAACGACGGUCUACUGCCCGUCACGCCCAACAAGGUGGCCGUCAUCGGCCCGUUCGGGGACAUCAUCAACGCCGGCUCGUAUGCGGCGGUCAACAGCACGGAUCCGCAGUACGGCAACUCGCUCUACCGCAGCGCAGUGUCCGCCUUUGGCGCCAACAAGGUCACAUUCGCUCGAGGGUGCGAUUUCGUGGACACUACGGACGACAGUGGCAUCGCUACGGCAGUCGCCGCGGCCAAGGAAGCGGGCCUCGCCGUCGUGAUGAUAGGCAGCCUCUCCGCGCCCAUGGACGACACCAUUCUCGCUGCGAAGCGAACGGACGGCGAGUUCUUCGCGCACGCCGACCUGGGCUUCCCGGGCCUGCAGCAGCAGCUCCUCGACGCCAUCCUCGACGCCGGCGUCCCGACAGUGCUGGUCUUGUCGGGCGGGCAGCCGUUUGUGCUCGACUCGUCCACCCUCCGCGCCAACGCUAUAUUCCACAGCUUCCUCGGCGGCGAGUUCACGGGCGACGCGCUCGUCGAGCUGCUGACCGGCGCUGUCAAUCCCAGCGGCAAGCUCACCAUCAGCAUGCCGCAGCACAGCGCCGCCGUCCCGGCCAUGUACGACUACCUGCCGUCGGACGACCAGGGCGGCAGCACGAGGUUGCUGGGGUACCACUCGGCCUGGCAGUUCCCGAACCUGACGCGCACCGUGCCCAUGCCGUUCGGAUAUGGCCUCAGCUACACCACGUUUGACAUUGCCGCGCCGGUUGCGAAGGUGCAAGGCAGCGGCAGCAAGGCGAAGGAAGUCGUUGUCAGCAUCACGGUGAAGAACACGGGCGCGCGCAAGGGCCAGGAGGUGGUCCAGCUCUAUUUCCGCCCGGCCACCACCCGCGGCUUGGAGUUCCCCGUGCGCCGGCUGGUCCGCUUCGAGAAGGUGGACUUGGAGGCCGGGGAGAGCCGGGAGCUUGCGUUUACGAUUCCGUAUAAGGACCUGGGCCUUUGGAUCAACGCCAAACUCACCACCCAGCUGGGACUAUAUCACCUGUGGGCGGGGUCGAGCUCAAGGGAGGAGGACUUGAAGAUGGGUAAUGUCACGUUGACGUAG